GGAAGCACCCCACCCUCAAGAGCACUAAGCCUUGCGCGUGCUCAAGAGACAGUAGUUUCCGUUUUGUUUCCUGCGUGUUGUGGGCAGAUUUCUGCGCGGAGCGCCCACUGUCCACUGCUUUCCAGCUUUGAAAACGCCUAAAUUGCAGAGUCAGCGGCAUACUCCUGACACAACAGGCACGUGUUUAUCAUUAGGUCCAUUGAGGAACCCAGAUAUGGAUGCUGAGCAGAACCAGGUGUUGGACGCCGCAUCAGAGACUCGAGAGCAACAGGAGACUGGAGCAGGAGACUGUCCCCAGUCACAACUUGACUCUCCAAUAGAGCCUGCAGAAUCACCAGUGAAUAGGCAAGAAAUGGCGCAUUUGCAAGCUGUGGUGACAGAAUCAGGAAUGUCAGAAGAAACGCAGGAGAUUGAGCCUAAAGCAGAAAAAGCAGCAAAGAAAAUGGUUGUAUCUCCUGAAAAGGUUCCAGAGACCUCUACAGAAGUUGUGACUAAAGCAGAGAAGUACCCAGAAAAACAACCAGAACUAGAGAGCUCAGAGGUCUCUGAGCCAGCUACAGCAAAGUACGUAGAACGCGAAAACAUCCAGACCGCAGAGCCUAAAAAGCAGCCAAUGCCAGAGAAAACACGAGAGCCUCUAGCAGAGAAUAACAUUGAAACUGCGCCAGAGAAAAUGGCAGAACCCGUCCCAGAGGCUGUUAAACUGUCUGAGCAGGCAGCGCCCGAGCCUGUCACACAGCCAGAAUCUGAGGACGUGAAACGGCUUGAACCAGAAAAGAAAGGGCCUGAGGAAUCUGAGAAGCAGGCAGAAUCUGGUGUUGUGUUGGUGGCGCCAGCGAUGCAAGCUGAGCCUGAAACUGUAAAGGAAGUGGAGGCAGACAAACAGACUGAAGCUGAAAUUGUACCGGAAUCAGAGCCAAAGAAAUCUGUAGCGGCUGAGACUGUGAAGAAAGUGGAAGCAGAGAAACCAGUAGCGGCUGAGACUGUGAAGAAAGUGGAAGCAGAGAAACCAGUAGCAGCUGAGACUGUGAAGAAAGUGGAAGCAGAGAAACCAGUAGCAGCUGAGACUGUGAAGAAAGUGGAAGCAGAGAAACCGGUAGCAGCUGAGACUGUGAAGAAAGUGGAAGCAGAGAAACCGGUAGCAGCUGAGACUGUGAAGAAAGUGGAAGCAGAGAAACUGGUAGCAGCUGAAAUUGUAAAAGAAGUAGAGUCAGAGAAACAGGCAGAAGGUGAUGCAGUGGAGCAGCAGAAGGCAGAAGUUGUCGAGCAGGUCCCUGCUCCUGGCACUCUGUCUUUCGCUUUCCUGGAGCAUGAGCAGACCAAAGCCACCCUUCGCACCUCUCGCACUCUAAUCAUCCUCAGAGGCCUCCCCGGCAGCGGCAAGAGCCUCUUGGCACGUGCCAUUGCAGAUAGCUACCAGGGUCUCUGCACUGUCUGCUGUGCUGAUGACCAUGGUGUGAAACCGGAGAGUCCAGAAGCAUCGGCAGAUGGGUACAAGGCUUUUGACGAUGCUGUGGUAGCCUGCUGCAGUGUAGGAACAUCUGCUCAAGUGAUAGUGGUGGAUGACACCAACCAUACCCAUGAUCGGCUGGCCCGUCUGGGGGAGGUGGCAGAGCAGCACCGGCUGGUGGCCAUGUUUGUGGAGCCCCGCACUGAGUGGAGCAGAGACUUGCCACAGUUGGCCAAGAGAACUCUGCGGGGGCUAGAGGAAGCCCAGAUCCAGGCCAUGAAAGUUCCUCUUGAGGAGAUGUCCCUGCCCCUUUUCUUUGGCUGGUUCCUUCUCCCUGGCAUCCAGGACAAGGUCAGGUGCACGUCCAUGGAUUUCCUGAAGACAUUGGACACGCUUGAGGCCUUCAAGAAGCACUUGCCAGACUUCACUGUUGAGGCUGAGAAAGAGGUGGACCUGGAGCAGUAUUUCCAAGCCAAUGGAGCUCUUCAUUGCACUACCAAAUUCUGUGACUAUGGCAAGGCUGAGGGAGCCAAGGAAUAUGCAGAUAAACCAGCUGUUAAAGAGUUGUAUGGCUCUGCGUUUGAGCUGUCCCUCAGUGCCCUCUUCGUCACACCUCGCACUGUUGGUGCCCGGGUUUCACUCUCUGAGGAUCAGUUAACCCUGUGGCCUGCCGACGCUGAGAAGGAGGCAGUCCCUCUAGUCCCGGCUGCCGCCACCCUGCCCGCUGGCAGCCGUGCCCACAUCACCCUGGGCUGUGCGGAGGGAGUUGAGCCACAGCAGACGGGCUUCGACCUGCUGGAGAUCCUAGCGCUGCAGCAAGAGGGUCAGGAGGGAGAGCUGGUGGAGGAGAUGGAGCUCGGCUCCCUGGCCUACUACGGCAAGGGGAGGUGGCUGCUCAGUCUGAGGGAGCCCGUCUCCGCCCAGGCCUGCUUCUCCAGCCUCUACGGGCCCAAGAAGGCCGACACGACCAAGAAAGACGGGGACAAGAAGAAGAAGCAAAAGUGCACCAUACUGUAAAGGAGAGGGGGAAGGUGGUGGUAAUGGAUGUCUUGGGAUGAGUGGCGUACUAGUGUUCUGAUUUGUCUGUGGGGAGGUUUGUGCUACUUUUGGGGUUUGGGAGGCGCCUUGGAUAUCCACCCCAAAUCCACAAGCUGUGUGCCUUUCUCUGUUGCUUUGCUGCACAAGCCAAGAGGCCUUUAAACCACAGUUUAGGUCGAGCUUAGCAUCUUGUUCAGUGUCUUGUCAUGCGUUUUAGUGCCAUAGUUGCAAUUGGAUAGGAUUUCUGUAGACAAGGCCUGAUUUCAUGGCUCAGAUGUAGUACUGCUGCACCUAGUACCGCUUCUCCCCAUUUGUGACCACUAUUUUCCCCUACUCAAUUCAUGUCUAACACUAUAUACAACCCCUUCUGCAUAUGUCAGUGUUAAGCAUUUAGAUGUGUUUUCAUGUUUGGUGUGAGUGGCUCAAAUAGUGUUUUCAUUGCAUGCCAGGUUUUUCACUUUAGCUGAUGUAGUUCUAGUCAUGAUUAGCUCGUUUGCUAAAGAAGUUGCACAUCUCUUUCAGUAAAUUCUUGUGACACUGGUCAUUUCCUGUGAUUUAGUCAGUCAGCCCUGUCAUGUGUUUGUGCAUUUGUAUGUAUGUGUUUGGUACGAAGGAAAGAGCUGGAAAGAGCUGGGUAAUUUCAUAAGUAGCUCAUGGGACAAAAAAGGGUGUCUGUGUGCUUGAUUUGAUGAACUGUGAAUGUCAUUCAUAGAGGCCAUUCCUGAUUAACUCUUUUUGCACAAUGCAGCAGAAAUCAAAAGGGAGAAUGCUGAUGAAUGUGCAGUUUGUUUCAUUAGCUGGCACUUACUUGGUACUUAUCAAAUGCUGUGAAACCAAGGCCACAAUUUGCAAUAUUCUGUAGUGUAGGAGACUGCAGCCUGGGAUCAUCCCUCUUUCUGUCAACCAGUUUUCGCAUGUCAACUUGUAUGUAUCCACUGUCUGUUCAUGACUGAUGUGUAGGUCUCUUAGGGCAAAGCCAUGCUUGUGUAGUUCUUCCAAUGAGUCACUAUUUUUGCACAUGUUUUGUACACUUAUUAAAGGAAUUUGUUUUGCGCCAAA